UUCGGCUUGUUGUUCUUUUUUUUUUGUUGCUCUUGUAAAUUUGUUUGUUACGUAGGCGCGCGCUAAUAACAAAUACUUAAAGCAGUAAUUGAGCGAAAAGAAGAAAAUGCUUUCGCUACAGAAUCAAAGGCAACCGAAGACAACACCUCUAGUCAAUGACUAUGAAAUAUCGGAUACGGUUCUUGGCCUGGGCAUCAAUGGCAAGGUUGUCCAAUGCUCCAAUCGACGUACCAAAAAGAAUUAUGCCCUCAAGGUGCUUCUAGAUAAUGAGAAGGCACGCCGUGAAGUUGAUUUACAUUGGCGUGUUAGCGGUUGCAAGCACAUCGUGAAUAUAAUCGAUGUCUAUGAGAACACAUACAGUGGCCGAAAGUGUCUGCUUGUCGUUAUGGAGUGCAUGGAGGGCGGUGAGCUAUUCCAACGCAUACAGGAUAAAGCCGAUGGUGCAUUCACGGAACGUGAGGCGGCACAGAUAAUGCACGAGAUAUGCGCGGCUAUACAUUAUUUGCAUAGUCGUGAUAUAGCGCAUCGUGAUUUGAAACCCGAAAAUCUAUUAUAUACGACAACACAACCCAAUGCUAUAUUGAAAUUGACCGAUUUUGGUUUUGCCAAAGAGACAUUUACCAAUGAUACACUACAAACGCCUUGCUACACGCCCUACUAUGUGGCUCCCGAAGUUCUGGGCCCUGAAAAGUAUGACAAAAGCUGCGACAUUUGGUCUUUGGGCGUUGUUAUGUAUAUAAUAAUGUGCGGUUUUCCGCCAUUCUAUAGUAAUCACGGUUUGGCCAUUUCGCCGGGCAUGAAGAAACGUAUACGCACUGGACAAUAUGAUUUCCCGGAUCCCGAAUGGACAAAUGUUAGUCAAUCGGCCAAGGAUUUAAUUAAGGGCAUGCUAAAUGUCGAUCCCAGUAAACGUUUGCGUAUCGAGGAUGUGUUGCGCAACAAGUGGAUAGCCCAAUAUAGUGCGGUACCGCAAACGCCCCUAUGCACGGGUCGGAUGCUCAAAGAGGGAGAAGAGACCUGGCCGGAGGUGCAAGAGGAAAUGACACGGUCAUUGGCCACAAUGCGUGUGGAUUAUGAUCAGAUGCAAAUCAAAGCUUUGGAUAAGUCAAAUAAUCCAUUGCUAACGAAACGCAGGAAAAAGAUUGAAGAGAUUUAUGGUGAAAAUGCUACAGCGGCAGCAACGUCACCGCCGCUCAAUUGAAUGCAGCAGCAACAAUAACAACAACAGCAACAACUAAAAAACACGGCCAAUCCAAAAGGAAUUAUUAUUCUAAAAUACUAUAUGUACUAUGUGCGUGUGUGUAUGCCUGUGUGUUUCAGUUUACAGUAUAUAGAAAAAAAUCAUCAAUUAUUUAUAUAUUGAUGGUUAACUAUAUUUCUAUAUCUAUCCAUUAACUUUUUUUGUAUACACUUAAGAUGAGGACAACAACAACAACAAUAACUACUAUUACUAUUACUACUACUACAACUACUACUAUUUCAAUUACUCCAAAAUGUUAUGUUUUUAUCCUCUUUUGUAUUCUAAAUGUUUUUUUACUUUUUUUUUUUUUUUUGUUUUGUAAUUAUUGUUUUUGAAUUGUCCCCAACUUUGAGAUCUAUGUAUAUUUAUAUGUAUAACCCAUUUCCAGUAAAAGGUUAAACGGUUUUUAGGGUAUUUUGUAGUCUGAGAAGUGCUCUUUUAUAAAGAAUUGAAUUGAGAAUAUAGAGAGAAAGGAAGAGAAGAUAAGAAGUAAGAGAAAUGCCAAGUCAAGUCAACAGCAGCAAGAGCUAAGCUAAGCUAAGCCAGCCAGCCAGUCAGUCAGUUGAUUUUAUAUAUAUUUUUUUUUUAAUUUGUUUGCUAUUUUAUCGCAUUUUAAAUUUUGAAAUUGUGUAUGUUAUUAAUUUUUGAACUGUAAACUUUUAUGUGUUUCACACAAGAGCAAAAGGCAAAGUUUUAAAGUUAACAUAAUCUUAUCCUUAUUUUUAUCAAAAAUUGUUUCAACGUUAUUCAGUUGCAACAACACAACAACAACAAAAACAACAACCUAUAUACAACAAUUUACCAUACAAUAUAAUAAAGUUAGCAUAUUUAUAGUUUAUAAACAAAACGACGAAAAAAAAAUACCAAGCGCAAGAGCGAGUGGGAGAGAGAGACACAGAGGGAGCGAGAGAAAAGAUGAUAAAAACAACAAAUCAAUAAAAUCAAGCUUAUUUUAUUAUAAA